AUGUUGUUUAUAAAAUUAUGUUUUUGGAACAUAGAAUAUCCAGUAGAUAUAAAGAGUAAGGUUUUUGAUUAUGUUUGUACUUCCGAUCGUGCAAUAUGAACAGAAAUGGCAUAAUGAUCUAUCGUGUACGUUCUAUGCGCUAAUGUCAUAUUGAAUCAGCAGUAUUUAUUUAUUAAUGAAUUAAUAUACAUGUAAGUACUUAAGUACUACAGUAUAAAUAUAUAAGUCUCCAGACAUUUUCGGUACAAGUAAACAGGUUACUUAAAGUAACCAUUAAUUUAAAUGGAUUUUCUGUUCAAUUCUUACUCUUGGUGCAGGUUAUAAACAAUCAUUUCUUGAAGUAAAAAAGAAUAUUACUAAAUAAAGAGAAAAAAUAGACAUGCCCCCUAAAAGAAAUCAAGGAAGAGGCAAAAAGGUAAAAGAAAAGGAGAAAAAAGAAAGUAAAAAGGAUGAUCAAUAUCUUGAAGAUAUUAUAGAUAUUGUAGAAAAUGUUACAAAAGAUUUUAAUUUCUUGGUAAAUGCUCCUGUUUCUGAAGAUGAUCAUUUCGUUUUUGAAUCAGAAAAAAAGUGGGAUGUUGAUGUUUCUAAAUACUCAGAAUAUUUUACACUUGAUUUAAACAUGUUAUCUGCAGCAAUAGAAUCAAUACCAUUCAAUGAAAAUGUUGAUAUUGACACAAAGUAUUUUACUAAUGAUCAGUUAACAAAUAUUUAUAAUAUCGCAGAACAGGGUAAAGAGAAGUAUAAUAAAAUUUUAAGCAAUUUAGAAACACAUGUUACAAGUGAUUCAAAAAAUGAAACUGGUCAGGGUUCUGUAGAAGACACAACUGAAGAGUUAGAUUUUUUACUGUCGUUAGAAGAACCUGUGGAUGAACCUUCAACUAUUUUAAAAUCUUUGCCUGGAUCUUACAAUGCUGAUACCAAACUUGCAACUAAACCUAGUACCUCCACUAAGCCUAUGGAUUUAGAAAAGUGGUUGGAUUCUGUGUUAGAUGAUUAAAUCUAAUUACCUUUAUAAUUGGUCACAUUAUUGCUAAUAAUAAUGAAUAAAAAUUAUUAUAAUUUUA